AUGGGCCAUUACAUCACCAUUGCAACAUGCAACCUCAACCAAUGGGCUCUUGACUUCGAAGGAAACAGAGACAGAAUUCUCGAGUCCAUUAAGGAAGCCAAACGUCAAGGUGCCAGAUUGAGAGUAGGUCCCGAACUCGAAGUGUGUGGUUACGGCUGCUUGGACCACUUUUCCGAAAACGACUUGUACGACCAUUCAUGGGAGACGUACGGUCAGAUUUUGGCUGAUCCAGCCACCCACGACAUCUUGCUCGAUAUUGGGAUUCCCAUUAUCCACAAGUCCAUCAAGUAUAACUGUAGAAUUAUAUCGUACAAUGGUCAGAUCUUGUUGAUUAGACCCAAACUCUAUUUGGCCAACGAUGGUAACUACCGUGAAAUGAGAUAUUUCACCCCUUGGAACAGACCAAAAUACUACGAAGAGUACCAGUUGCCCAAGUUCAUUGCUAAGAUUACGGGCCAGAAUAGAGUCACCUUUGGUGAUUGCAUUGUAGAAACCUUGGAAACAAGACUAGGCUGUGAGACCUGCGAGGAAUUGUUCACUCCAGAAUCUCCACAUAUUGCCAUGGCGCUUGAUGGUGUAGAAAUAUUCACCAACUCCAGUGGGUCUCACCAUGAGUUGCGUAAAUUAGAUACCAGGUUGCAGUUGAUCACUGAGGCUACCGAGAAGUGUGGAGGAGUUUAUCUUUACGCUAACCAGAAAGGUUGUGACGGUGACCGUUUAUACUACGACGGUUGUGCUUCUAUCAUCGUCAACGGUAAGAUGGUUGCUCAGGGUUCACAGUUCUCUCUUCAGGAUGUAGAAGUAAUCUCAGCUACAAUUGAUUUGGACGAUGUCAGAUCUUAUAGAAACCAGAAGUCGGCAUCAAACCAAGCUGUUAACCAAUCUUCCACCUACAAGGCAAUCCAGACAGAUGUCGAAUUGUCGCCUAGCUCUCAUGUAUUUGAUCCUACUAUCAUUCCCACCAAAACAAGGCCUAUCAAGUUCCAUUUGCCCGAAGAGGAAAUUGCUCUAGGUCCAGCCUGCUGGUUGUGGGACUACUUGAGAAGAUCCAAGUGUGGAGGCUACUUUCUUCCUUUGAGUGGAGGUAUCGACUCCUGUGCCACUGCUGUCAUUGUCCAUCUGAUGUGCAGAUUAGUUGUAGCUUCUAUAAGCGAUCCUCAGGUGUUGACAGAUAUCCAAGCUUUGACUCACGAUCCUAGCUUCGUGCCAAAGACGCCUCAAGAGAUUGCAGAAAAAUUGUUCUACACCAGUUUCAUGGGUACAGAGAACUCUUCGGCGGAAACCAGAUCCAGAGCCAAGGAGUUAGCUUCUAAAAUCGGGUCCUAUCACGUAGACUUGAACAUGGAUAACUUGGUCUCUUCUGUAGUUAGCUUGUUUGAAGUUGCCACUGGUAAAAGACCCAUUUUCAAGAUCUUCGGAGGUUCUCAAACUGAGAACUUGGCCUUGCAAAACAUCCAGGCUAGACUCAGAAUGGUUUUGAGCUAUUUGUUUGCACAGCUUUUACCUUGGACGAGAGGUAAGUCUUCUGCUGGUCUUUUGGUAUUGGGAAGUGCCAACGUAGACGAAUGCUUGAGAGGCUACUUGACCAAAUAUGACUGUUCCUCGGCAGAUAUCAAUCCUAUCGGAGGUAUUUCCAAGACUGACUUGAAGCGUUUCAUUGCCUGGGCCGAAAUCAACUUUGAGCUACCAAUAUUGAACGACUUUAUCACGGCAACCCCAACGGCUGAAUUAGAGCCUAUCACUGCUGACUAUGUUCAGAGUGACGAAAUAGAUAUGGGCAUGAGCUACGAUGAGUUGUCCAGAUUUGGUAGAUUAAGAAAAGUAGACAAAUGUGGGCCAUUGGCUAUGUUCAUCAAGCUUUACCACGAAUGGUCACAACCUCCAUAUAACCUCACUGCCGAGCAGGUAGCUGAAAAGGUCAAACGCUUCUGGUUCUUCUACGCAAUCAACAGACACAAAAUGACGACCAUGACUCCAGCAUAUCACGCAGAACAAUACUCACCUGACGAUAACCGCUUUGAUUUGAGACCAUUCUUGAUUAACCCUCGUUUCCCAUUUGCAAGCAAGAAGAUAGACGAAAUAGUCAAGGCUAUCAACGAGAGAAACAAGGAGAUUGACCUGAACAAUAUUAGUGUUGAUUAA